AUGAGUGGCAAUACUGAACCCAUCCCUUCUCCGGCUCAAGGGGUCGGUCCAGUUUACAGAUCAGACAAGGAGAAACCUACGGCAACUGUGUCGAAAAGCAUAUCUUACGAAAAUGUCCACGUCUUGCCUCAAACUCCGCAGCUGAUAGCUUUGUUGACUAUGAUCAGAGACCAGGGAACUGGACGAGCAGACUUUAUAUUCUAUUCGAAUAGAAUCAUCCGCUUAUUAGUCGAAGAGGGGCUUAACCAUCUUCCAGUUGUCGAACAAUCCGUCACUACUCCCGUGGGGCGCUCUUAUCUAGGCGUCAAAUUCGAGGGGAAAAUAUGUGGUGUCUCGAUCAUGAGGGCGGGUGAGGCCAUGGAACAGGGGCUACGAGAUUGUUGUCGAUCCGUACGAAUUGGAAAGAUACUCAUACAACGGGAUGAAGAAACCUGCAAACCAAAGCUGUUCUAUGAGAAGCUUCCUGCCGAUAUCUCCAACCGUUGGGUUCUUCUUCUCGAUCCAAUGUUUGCAACAGGAGGUUCCGCAACACUUGCAGUCGAGGUUCUGAAGGCCAAGGGAGUUCCUGAGGAACGCAUCCUUUUCCUCAAUCUCAUCGCGAGCCCAUCGGGUGUUGCAGAUUUCGCCGAACGCUUUCCUAAGCUAAGAGUGGUGACUGCCUUUAUUGACCAGGGCUUAGACGAGAAGAAAUAUAUAACUCCUGGUCUCGGUGACUUUGGUGACCGCUACUACACUCUAUGA